AGGGGGGCUGAGCAACACAACACGAAAGUUCAAAUUCAAAAUGGCGACUUGCAGUGCUUGCGUUUUGAGACGAGUAAGCCCAUUUAUCCCCAGAAAUGAAUUAUUUCUCGCGGGGAUACUGACGCGUUACACGAGAAAAUAUAACGCUUUACACAGUUUUCCUGUGCGCUGUUUUUCAAGUGGAGGGGUCGUUUUUCCGUGGGCCCAACAACUAGCAGAUGUCUAUGGACGGAGUCCUUUUUUACAUCGUCUGGUAGGAGGUUUGUCUCUGGCAAGAUCGCUCCGAAAAGUUCCCGAUGGUAAUUUAGAUGUAAAAGAAUUUUUGUAUUCUGCAAAGGAUUGUAUUCUACUAUGUACGCGGCUUAUGGCAACUUUAGACUGUGAAAAUAAACUGGAAAAUUUGCUAAGCAAAGCUCUCUAUAGGAAUACUCAAAGGGCACUUGACCAGUUAAAGACUUCUUCCAGUGAUAAUGGAGAUCUACGCAUGCAUUUGGAGGUGGAGAAGAUCAGGAAUCUUAGCAUUGCAGGUAUACGUUCUGUGGUUGGCCCUGAUGAUGCGGGAGAUGACUACGUCUUUGCUGAAUUUCUCGGCCAGCAAUGUAUUAUCCCUGCAUCAGAAGUUGAGCCAAUGGUUAAUGGCAUAGCAUCCUUCUCCAUGCAGCACUGCCGAGACAUUGCACGAGCAGCUUUUGAUGAAGGCUUCAGGUUCCAGAUUGAUGUCAAGUUUAUGACUCGCGAGAGGUUCUUCAUCUGCAGGAGACUGCCGAAUGGUCUAGAUGACGUCCUGGAUGGUACAAAAGAGACGGUGUCUUGUGUCCAUCUGUGGAGGUUCGAGUCUCAGUUUGACUGGCAGAACUACUCACAAGGCAUCUAUCCCCUUGACUGGGUCAUCUCAGAUAUUGACAGAUUUAUUCAACACAAUGUCCCACAGCCACGCCCCUUUUUCAGCCAAUGACUACAGCUAGAUAAUGCUAAUAGAGGAAUGACGGUUUGACGGAGGGUUGUAAUCAGUAUCAAUAAUCAAUAAAUCAUGUAAUUUUUAGAAA